AUGCCACUCCAUAAGCUGCUACUGUUGUUACUCCUUCACAUUGCUGUGAUAGAUGCAAUUCACCUUUGCCCUCUCCAAGGACCUAUUUGGCCUGCUCCCACGGGUCUCUCCAACGACGCCACAGUCCAAUCAGCACUGAAGAACAUCACCAAGACCAUCCAGAAUGCUAGUGAUGCUGGAAAUUUCUCUGGUGCUUCCUUGUCAUUGGAGAUCUUUGAUACAAGUAGUUCAAAUGCAUUGCUCACAUACGCUCACACGGCCAAGGAAAUUAAUACCACCCUCGGCGUGAGCAAGGUGGACGAGAACACCGUUUUCCGCAUCGGAAGCACCUCCAAAAUGUUUCCUAUGCUUCUCCUCCUCAUCCAGGGCGGCUUUAGUCCCCUGCAAGACCCAAUCUCAAAGUAUAUCCCCGAGCUCAAAGCGGCUGCUGAUGAUCUUUUGGGGAAUUCAACAAAGAGAAACAAUGGGAUUGACUAUACCAGGUGGAAUGAGAUCACAGUUGGGGAACUAGCGAGUCAUUUGGCUGGUAUAGCUAGAGAUUAUGGUGUUCUCGACCUCACUGAGCAGGCCUCGUUGCUUCAGUCAUUGGGAUUUCCUGCUCUUCCACCUGCACAGAUUCCGCCCUGUGGUGUGCCAAAUCCGUGUAGUAGAAAGCAAUUCUUUGAUGGGAUGCUACAAUCUCAUCCUAUUGUUCCAACAUCAUCUACACCCAUCUACUCCAAUGCAGCUUUCCAGGUCCUUGGAUACGUGGUGGAAGCCCUCGCGAACGGCAAAGACUUUGAAAAGGUCAUGAAAGAGAAAAUUACAAAGCCGCUGAACAUGGCACACACUUUCUAUACUACCCCGAAUUCAUCUCUUGGUGUGAUUCCUAGCUACCAGGGUGAAUACUGGUGGGACUUUGAUAUUGGCGAAGAGGCACCUGCUGGCGGUAUUUUCUCCUCUGCAAAGGAUAUGUCUACUUUUGGUCGGGCCAUUCUCAACAGCACUCUUCUCCCUCAAUCAACAACGAGACGGUGGUUGAAGCCUCUCGCCCACACUUCGUCCAUUGACUACGCUGUCGGAGCGCCUUGGGAGAUUCUUUCAUUCGGCAAUGAGCGCCCGAUCGAUCUAUACACCAAGUCUGGAGAUAUUGGCACAUAUUCCUGUGUGCUGUCUCUAGACCCCGAUCACAGCGCUGGCUUUGUGCUUCUUGGUGCUGGAAAUAAUACCCAUGUAUCUCUUGCUCUCGCAUCCGAUCUCGUCUCACAGAGCCUGCUACCUGCACUUGAACAAGCUGCCAAGAAUCAGGCGCAUGCCCGUUUCGCAGGAAAGUAUGCCUUGGGUACCGGGAAUUCCUCCAUUACCAUCACCACAGACGACGGACCCGCUCUAGUCGUUACGAGCUGGGUGAAUAACGGCACAAACAUGUUCCCGAGCUACAUGGCUUUGAGUGGAAUUACUGAUCCCUCUAUGCUUAGUAUCCGGCUGUAUCCCACGGGUCUUGAGAGCCCUGGACAGCUUUCUUUCCGAGCUGUGAUCCCGCCCCCACUGCCAUCUGGCAUUGGACCAUUCAGCUCUUCCUGCAUUUCCUGGGUGACCGUGGACGGAAGUGUGUAUGGUAAUGUGGGGAUCGAUGAGUUUGUGUUCAACUUGGAUGGGAAAGGCAAUGCAGUUAGCGUCUCUCCGAGAGUGCUGCGAACCGUUCUGCCGAAGACCAAAUAG